CACUAAUCGAAUGAAUUGCUUACACGUCAAUUGAAAUAGAAAAAAGGAAGAAACGCUUUAAACUUCCUAGUACAAAAUUAAUUGCUGCUUAAGCCAACAAAAAACAAGAUGGGCUUGACUAUAUCUAGCCUCUUGACACGUCUGUUUGGAAAAAAGCAAAUGCGCAUUCUAAUGGUUGGCUUAGAUGCAGCUGGAAAGACGACCAUACUCUACAAACUGAAGCUGGGAGAAAUUGUGACAACCAUUCCUACCAUCGGUUUCAACGUAGAAACCGUGGAAUAUAAAAACAUAUGUUUUACUGUUUGGGAUGUCGGUGGUCAGGAUAAAAUUCGACCAUUGUGGCGCCACUACUUUCAAAACACGCAAGGUUUAAUUUUUGUCGUGGACUCUAACGACCGUGAUCGUAUAAAUGAAGCUGAAAAGGAACUUCAGAAUAUGCUUCAAGAAGAUGAGCUUAAAGAUGCUGUGCUCUUAGUUUUUGCUAAUAAACAGGAUCUACCGAAUGCAAUGACUGCCGCGGAACUUACAGACAAGUUGCGGCUGAACCAAUUAAGAAACCGCCACUGGUUUAUUCAAGCAACUUGCGCCACUCAAGGUCAUGGACUAUAUGAAGGACUUGAUUGGCUCUCCGCUGAGUUGGCAAAGAAAUGAAUGAUUAAAGAACAUAAAAUCUAACAAAGGAAUUCGUUUUGUCCUACGCUGAAAAUAAUUGAUUAGAUCCUUAAUAAAUAUGUAAA